AGGGCGAGGAGCGAUGCCCGCCGGGAAAUUGGCCGUUUUUUCCCACGGUCGCGCCCCGGCGGCGUCGCUUUCCAGCUCCUUGGCGGUGGGUCCGGCCUCCCCCUUUUCCCACUAGCCGGGCCCGGGGGGAGGAGAUGAGGGCGGGGAGCUGAGCCUCGGGGGCGUCCGGGCCGAGCCCUCCCUCCAGCCCCGGGAUGGAGGCCGGAGCGCCGUGAGAACCGCCGGGCCGCGCAGCGUGGAGGUACCCAGCCUGAGCAGCACAGGCCCGCUUUGAGCCCGGCCGCAGCCAUGCCGUGCAACUGCAGCAGCAGCAGGAGAUUUCUGCAAAGCAGGCUUACUGUCAGGAAUUUUAUGUAAAAAGCAAUCUGAAUGAGUCUGCAGGUUUUCAAGCAGCUAAAUGGAGUCUGAGCAGUUGUUCCACAGAGGCUACUAUCGAAACAGUUAUAACAGUAUUACUAGUGCCAGUAGUGAUGAGGAGCUUUUAGAUGGAGCAGGUGUCAUUAUGGACUUCCAGACCUCUGAAGAUGACAAUCUGUUAGACGGUGAUGCAUCGGUUGGAACACAUUAUACAAUGACAAAUGGAGGAAGCAUUAACAGUUCAACACACUUACUGGACCUUUUGGAUGAACCCAUCCCCGGAGUUGGAACAUAUGAUGACUUCCACACGAUCGAUUGGGUGCGGGAGAAAUGUAAAGACAGAGAAAGACACAGGCGGAUCAACAGCAAAAAGAAAGAAUCCGCUUGGGAAAUGACAAAAAGUUUGUACGAUGCUUGGUCAGGAUGGCUAGUAGUUACCCUAACGGGAUUGGCUUCAGGGGCAUUGGCAGGGUUAAUAGACAUUGCUGCCGAUUGGAUGACUGAUCUGAAAGAGGGCAUCUGCCUUAGUGCAUUGUGGUACAACCAUGAGCAGUGUUGCUGGGGAUCUAAUGAGACAACAUUUGAAGAGAGAGAUAAGUGUCCGCAGUGGAAAACAUGGGCAGAACUAAUCAUCGGUCAAGCAGAGGGACCGGGUUCUUACAUCAUGAACUACAUAAUGUACAUCUUCUGGGCUCUGGGCUUUGCCUUCCUAGCUGUCUCUCUGGUGAAGAUAUUUGCUCCAUACGCCUGUGGCUCUGGAAUUCCAGAGAUUAAAACUAUUCUAAGUGGAUUCAUCAUCAGAGGAUAUUUGGGCAAAUGGACUUUGAUGAUUAAAACUAUCACAUUAGUACUGGCAGUAGCAUCGGGGUUGAGUUUAGGGAAAGAAGGUCCUUUGGUACAUGUGGCCUGUUGCUGUGGAAAUAUUUUUUCCUACCUCUUUCCCAAGUACAGCACAAAUGAAGCUAAAAAAAGGGAGGUGCUGUCCGCCGCUUCCGCAGCUGGAGUGUCUGUAGCCUUUGGUGCUCCCAUUGGGGGAGUCCUUUUUAGUCUGGAAGAGGUGAGCUAUUAUUUCCCCCUGAAAACCUUAUGGAGGUCGUUUUUCGCUGCUCUAGUGGCCGCAUUUGUUCUGCGAUCCAUCAAUCCCUUCGGGAACAGCCGCCUGGUCCUCUUUUACGUCGAGUACCACACCCCCUGGUACCUCUUCGAACUGUUGCCCUUCAUCCUCCUGGGGGUGUUCGGAGGGCUGUGGGGAGCGUUUUUCAUCCGGGCCAACAUCGCCUGGUGCCGUCGACGGAAAUCCACCAGGUUCGGGAAGUACCCGGUGCUGGAAGUGAUCGUCGUGGCGGCCAUCACGGCCGUCAUCGCUUUCCCCAACCCCUACACCAGGCUCAACACCAGCGAGCUGAUCAAGGAGCUCUUCACGGACUGUGGCCCGCUGGAGUCCUCCUCCCUGUGCGACUACAGAAACGACAUGAACGCCAGUAAGAUAGUGGACGAUAUCCCCGACCGGCCCGCCGGCACCGGGGUGUACUCAGCCAUAUGGCAGCUCUGCUUGGCCCUGAUAUUUAAAAUCAUCAUGACCGUCUUCACUUUCGGAAUCAAGGUUCCGUCCGGCUUGUUCAUCCCCAGCAUGGCAAUUGGUGCCAUAGCUGGGAGAAUUGUGGGAAUUGCAGUGGAGCAGCUGGCCUACUACCACCACGACUGGUUCAUCUUUAAGGAAUGGUGUGAAGUUGGAGCAGAUUGCAUUACCCCAGGCCUUUAUGCCAUGGUUGGAGCAGCAGCAUGCUUAGGUGGCGUGACCAGGAUGACAGUCUCCCUGGUGGUUAUUGUGUUCGAGCUGACCGGAGGGCUGGAGUACAUCGUCCCCCUCAUGGCCGCAGUGAUGACCAGUAAGUGGGUCGGCGACGCCUUCGGCCGGGAAGGCAUUUACGAGGCACACAUCCGGCUGAACGGGUACCCCUUCCUGGACGCCAAGGAGGAAUUCACCCACACCACCCUGGCCGCCGACGUCAUGAGGCCCCGGCGGAACGAACCCCCGCUGGCGGUCUUAACCCAGGAUAACAUGACAGUGGACGAUAUAGAAAACCUGAUCAACGAGACCAGCUAUAACGGGUUUCCGGUGAUCAUGUCCAAGGAAUCUCAAAGGCUAGUGGGAUUCGCCCUCCGGAGAGAUUUGACUAUCGCAAUAGAAAGUGCCAGGAAAAAGCAAGAGGGCAUCGUUGGCAGCUCCCGCGUCUGCUUUGCCCAGCACACCCCGUCCCUUCCAGCCGAAAGUCCACGGCCUUUGAAACUUCGAAGUAUUCUGGACAUGAGCCCUUUCACCGUGACGGACCACACCCCAAUGGAGAUCGUGGUGGAUAUUUUCCGCAAGCUGGGCCUGAGGCAGUGCCUCGUCACGCACAACGGGAUUGUCUUGGGGAUCAUCACAAAGAAGAACAUAUUAGAGCAUCUCGAGCAACUAAAGCAGCACGUCGAACCCCUGGCGCCUCCUUGGCAUUAUAACAAAAAAAGAUAUCCUCCGUCAUAUGGCCCAGACGGCAAACCACGACCCCGCAUCAAUAAUGUUCAACUGAAUCCCAUAGCUGAGGAGAGAGAGGAAACGGAAGAGGAAGUUCAUUUGUUGAAUAGCACAACACUUUAAUCUGGGGGGCGUGGUGGGGGGAUGGUCUUUUUAUUUCUCUCUCUCUCUCUCUCUCUCUCUCUCUCUUUUUUGCCGGCCGGGGGGAAGUAAGUGAAAGCUGGGUUUCUGCAGCCCAGUUGGCAAAAUAAUGCUUCUGGAUUUAAGGAGUUGGUCUGGGGAGGGGCUGGAGGGAGAAGAGAGGAGGAAAAAGAGGUGAGGUACUACAGCGGAAAGCAGGGGAUGUCUGGUCCUGCUCAUUCUGCUCCGGAUGCUCCACGGCGUCUGCUCGGCCGUGACGGUACCGUGCGAGCCUCCGCGGAGGUGAUGGGAGGUUCUGCAGUCCCUGGCGCGAUUCCCCUAGCACUGAGGAGGCACCACAUCUCCGGAGGGCCUCUUUGCCUUUGAGACUGGAAGGUCGUGCCCUACUUCACCAUUGAAACCUGUUCCUUUUAUCUCAUGAAACGUCUGGUAAUAGUCCAUCAUUCCCGAAGAGCUCUUGGUUUCUCUCUGUCUCUCUUUCUCUCGUGCGCACGCUCGCGCUCUCUCUCUGUCUCUCUCUCCUGAGCUGUUACAAAACCUCUUUAAGGUUGGCGUGCCCUUUCGAAGCAGUCGUUUCUCAUAUUGAGAGGGACUGUGGCCUUACUGUGAGGGGCUCGUGGCAAGAAGGGAGGGUCCCUUGGGCCAUUGAGCAGGCGGUUCGUUGGUGACGGAAUGCUUGGAGCGGGGAGAUAUGCACUGCGAAAAUGAAUCCACCAGGGAAAACCUCAUACGAAGCGAGUGGGGAAAUCUUGCAGCCUCAGGUGCUGCGGUUUAAAAUAAUAACAACACACGCAAAACUUGACUUCCGAGGCAAAACGGUGUCUUUUGCCUUAGACUCUGGAUAAUGUGACCUGGACUUCUGGACAUUUUUGUAUGCUUGAAAACACUAUGAUCUGUACCGAUGCUGUGCAGCAUUAAGGAAACAAAGAAUUCAGCUGCUCAGUUAAAGCGAAGGAAUAAUUCUGUUUAGCUAUACCUGGGUAAUGUUUGCAUGCUAAAACACUGGAAAUAUUUUUUUCUUGAGAUUCAGUCAUUUUUCUUUUCCACAAGGUGGCCACUGCUGACACAAAAGAAGAAAUGUAAUUCAUAACUUGCACUAAAUGUAUAUUUUUUCCUUACAAUUUUACCAUUCUUAUUUAUAUUUUUAUGGAUUAAAAGAUCUAUUAAAUGUCGAUCAGUUAAUAUCUCACUUAAAUAAUUUUACCUUUUUAAUGUGAUUUUUAUAAACGAAUUCAGACUCCUUUCUGAGGAUGGAGCAUCGAGCAAAAGUUUACAAGGGGAAUAAUAAGGGUUUAAAAAGGGGUUGUCGCUAUUUCUUUUAUGAUCCGAUAUGUCCACGAUAGCUUUGUCGAUCCCGACCUUCACUGCCGUCACCCUGAGAGCGAGCUAAUCGUAAGCAGAAAAAUUACCCUUUAACUGGAAAAUGCAAACUCUGCAUCUCCCACUGCAGGACCUUGCUGGAGGUGGGUUUUGGUUUUUUUUUUUGUUUGUUUGUUCUUUUAAACAAAAGCAAUCUAGUGUAGACCAGUGUUGACUUUUACCCCCACCCACCCCACCCUUGUUUUUAGGAAUCUAGAUUUCUAGCAGCUGCAUUUCUAGCUGAAGUGUAAUCUUUGGGCAAAAGUCAAAACUGUCACUUGGAGUGUUGGAUGGAAUGGAAAGUCCGUCCACAUCAUGUUUUUUGGGUUUUUUUUUUAACUGGAUGGAUUGAAACCUUCCUGGGUUUUCAUGUUCUGUUUUCAGAAAUCUCUGUCUUAAUCAAGGGCGACUCUGAAUUCUCUCCAUUUAUCAGGAAAGGCAGCUCCGCCGGGCGGCCCGACGGCCCCAAACUUUUGGGAUCGGGAGUCGGGGCUGGGGACGCGGCCCGCCUAGCGGGGACCGGGCAGCCGUCCGUCCCCCUUGCCGACGGUGCCCCGUCCGUCCGGAGCGGAUGGCGAGCCCUCCCCCGGGACUCGGCCAGAUUUCCCGCCGGAGCCCAUCAACGCCUCGUUCGAAGGCGUGGUUUUGCAGCCACCGACGGAUUUUAGAGAUCGGUCUGGCGGUCCCCCGGCCGGGCACCGGGCCCUCGUCGACAUGGCCCCGGGCACGGCGGAGGGCGGCAACCCGCCUGCCUUCUGCACCGGGAGCCCCGGCUCCUUCCCUUCACGGCUUCCAUCGUGACCCGAAUCCUCAAGCCAUCGUCUCAUUUUCCAAAUUGUUCAUUUUUAUUUAUUUCUUUCGGUUCAUCUUCUACCCUCCCAAGCCCUCCCAAGCUCUUUCUGCAGUCUGACACUUCAGGAUGGGCGUUGUGAAGUCACAUCUUGUUUCUCUGCUCGAAGUGAAACGGUGUAAUCGGACCCCCUGAUGUGUCUCACUGCCGAACAACAGAACCGAGCGCCGUUUCCGGUGGAUGCGGUCGUCCCCUUCGGUACGGUUCGCUACCUGCCGACGCUCUCCUUCUCCGCCACGUAAAGCGAGGUGUGGACGACCGAACGGAGAAACAGUUUGGAAACCCCGCGUGCCUGUGCAGUCCGGCCAAAGUUUACGACCGGUGUGAUCGUUGCAGAGCCUUGUUCGAAUCGGUGGCGAGAAGGGGGCGAGGGCGUCAGCAUCUCUUCUUUGUUUUUAACAAACUGUUCGAUUAUGGGUUCAUGAAGAAUGCUUAGUUCGUUAAUCCGUGAUGUUGCCUAGAGCCGUAUUUAAUAUCGAUCUGUUUUUAUUUAUACUAGUGUAGUAGAGCUCCGUAUCGUCGCGGUGAGAGAUUUACCGUGAUGUCACUUACACUCUAUUAAAAAAAAUCUGUAUGACA